ACAGUAAGGGAGGAUGAGUAUGAGUUUGGUUUUCUGAAAAAAAGCAUCACAAAGGGCCAGAUGUGGUAUCACACACAGGCACUUGGGGACCUGUGUGUGGUACUCGAAAAUUACCAUCAGGCAUGUAUACAAGCCAAGUACUCUGGCAGAUCAUUGCUUAUCUGCUCAGGGGUUGAACCAGAUGAGCCAGCCAACUACAUGCUGGCAAGUUUCUUCAGGGAUGUCGAAGACUUGGAGGUCAAACCUCUGCUAUGUGUGUGUUUCGAAGGCACAGAUGAUGAGAGGGCAGUAUCCAGAAAUCAUGGCCAUGGGAGGGAACCAAUACUGUUGGUGUUGCGUGCUAUUGGUUCCAACCUAGGAGUUGUUGCCCGUGCAGAAGAUGUCAAUCUCAGCACUUUUGAUGGAAGGGUCAUCCUCAAAGCCCUAAGCAUAAAGGAAAAAAAGGAAAAAAAGAAAAAGAGAAGGAAUAAAAACAACAAGAAAACUGUUGAUCACAAGACUGGCUAUGAUCCUGACAUGGAUUCUAAAUCAGAUACGGGCGAAGAGCAUGAGGUAAAGUGAAUAUAUGACCAAAAA